GGGCGCGCGGCGGCAUGGCGGCGUAGCGCGGGGUGGGGGGGGCGGCAUGGCGCUGCUGCGGCUGCGGGCGGCGCUGCUGGGCCCGGCCCGGCUGCGGGGCGCCGGGAUCCCAUGGAGUGUUCUCAGGAACUACUCUAACGCCAGCGCCAAGGAGAAGGCGAGGAGAGAUCCUGCUGUCUGUGAGAGGACAGAGCUGCUGGAAGUGCUGAAGGCUCGAGUGAAGCAGCUCCAAGCCAGUAACGUGCCGGAGGCAACAGUCAACAAAGUGGAGCUGGCCCCGCUGGGGAAUGACAAGUACCAGGACCCGCUGCAGAAAGUUGUGGCUCCUGGCCCCACGGAGGAUCAGCCUGCUCCCAGGGGCCAGGAUGAGAGCCCAGCCCGGCCCAGCAGCUGGGUAGAGAAGUUGAAGAAGGAGAUGUACAUCCGGCAACUGAAGGUGGAGCGGAAGUUAUCCAUCGCUGCCUCCCAGCUGGCUCUGGAGGGCCAGGCCAAGGCCAAACCAAAGGGCAAGGCGAAGACCAAAGCUAAAGCCAAGAAGAGCCCAAAGGCUAAAGUGGCUGCUGCCCGGAGCCAGAGCCAUGCUGGCCCCCACAGCGUCUAUGCCCACAGCAAGCCCAGGGUGGCAGCACUGAAGGAGGGUGCAAAGCCGCAGAGGCGUCAGAGGGUGCUGGAGGACAAGGACAGCAGCCAGUACAAGAUCCUGCAGCAGACCAUCCAGUCCAACCUCGAAUGCUUCCUCUUCUUGCAGCAGCCAGAGGAGGCUGAGAAGUUCCUUUUCUUGUACCACAGCUCCCCUGGGAAGAGAAGGCUUUUGAAUGUCAGUGCGUACAACAUCGUGAUGCGUAGCUGGGCAAGAAAGGGCUGCUUGCAGCGCAUCAACCGGCUGUUUUCCAUGCUGGAGUCCGUCGGCCUCCGGCCCAGCCUGGACUCCUACGCGGCAGCGCUGGAGUGCAUGGGCCGGAACCAGUCAUCCACCAAAGCCAUCUGGAGAUAUGUGCAGCAGCUGAAGAACGAUGGCUUCCAUGUGGAUGAGCUCUUUCAAAAGUGCCUGUUUGAGGAAGAUGAGAAGGAGAAAGUGCUGAAGGCCAUCAGGAUUGUCCAGCCCAACUACCAGCUGCCCCCUCCACCCAGCCCUCAGACCUGCAAGUCGUCUCUCCUCCAGGACUUCUACUCCAAGGAGAAGAUGAUGCCAUACCCCAAGCUGGAUUUCUCUGCACAGGAGCUGCAGGAGCGCUUUCAGCAGCAGCUGGAGAUGGAGCUGGACAACACUGUAACCAUCGAGUCAGUGGAGUCAACCAAACCUCUGACCCCGCAAGCCAUUAAAGCGCGCAAACUGCUGGCCACCCUUCGUUCCCAGUGGCAUGACUCCAUCCUCCAGGCCCUGCAGAAGUCGAAACGCAACAUGUCCAAGCUCAAGACGGGGGCAGGGUACAACAUUCUCUACCCCUACAUGUGCCUGCUGUCGGAUGAGGAGUACGUGAGCAUCAUGCUGCAGAUCCUCAACACCCUCUCUCCACAAGGAGAAUCCCUGGCUGUCUUGGCCAGGGACCUGGGCUCCAAAGUCUACAACAGAUACAUCACCCAGAGGAAGCUGCGCAGCCACCAGCUGGAGAAGGUGCAGGAGGUCUACAAGAACUACAUCCACCUGCUGGCAAAGGACAGCCAGCCUGAACAGUACUUGCCACGGGAGUACUGGGAGAAGCUGGUGGCAGAAGCAGGCUUUGGGCCUUCCUUGAACUUGAAGGACUGCAGCUGGCCAUACAUGCUCCUCAUGCGCCUGGGCAUGUACAUGCUGGAACUCCUGCUGCAGGCUGUCAAGGUGCCCAGGAACAUCCUCAAUCCUCGCCUGGAGCCCAGGCUUAUCCCCGUCCUCUACCACGUCUACUCCUUCCGCAGCAGCUGGCAGAUUGGGCUGAUAAAGCCCCAUCCCGUCUUCUCCCAGAUUGUGUCAGAUGCUGCAGAGACCUUGCUGACCUUUAACUCCUCCGCCAUACCUAUGCUGUGCCCCCCAGUACCUUGGACCUCCCCCAACUUUGGCGCCUUUGUCCUGAAUGACACCAAAUUGAUGCGCUUUGUGGAUGGGGCCAUCCAGCACCAGCUGCUCCUGGAGCAGUGUCCUCCUGUGAACCUCCACCCUGUGCUGGAUGCCCUCAACCAGCUGGGCAACUGCGCCUGGAAGAUUAACCAGCCGGUGCUGGAUAUCAUCAUCUCCAUCUUCAAUGACAAAGGCAAUGAGAAGCUGGACAUCCCACCGCCCAUCUCUGAGGCCCCCAGGCCGCCUCCUACUCCGAGCAAUUCCUCCACCUGCAACAAGUCCCAGAAGCACGAGUUGUUGCUGUGCAAGAAGAAGGCAGCUGAAAUGCACAGCUUGCGCAUGGAUGCGCUCUAUAAGCUCUCCAUUGCCAACUACGUCAGGGACAAGGUGUUCUGGUUUCCUCACAACAUGGAUUUCCGAGGCAGGACUUACCCUUGCCCACCUUAUUUCAACCACCUUGGUAAUGAUGUCACCCGGGCCAUCCUGCUUUUCGCAGAGGGAAGGCCGCUGGGGCCCAAGGGCCUUGACUGGCUGAAGAUCCACCUCAUUAACCUCACGGGGCUGAAGAAGAAGAACGCUUUGCAGGAGCGGCUGGAGUAUGCCAAUGAAAUCAUGGAGGAGAUCCUGGACUCAGCCGACCACCCGCUCACGGGCAAGAAGUGGUGGAUGAACACCGAUGAACCCUGGCAAGCCUUGGCAUGCUGUAUGGAAAUCGCCAAAGCCUCACGGUCCCCGGAUCCAGCAGCCUACAUCUCCCACUUCCCAGUUCACCAGGACGGCUCUUGCAAUGGUCUGCAGCACUACGCAGCUCUUGGCCGGGACCUUAUUGGCGCCACGUCUGUCAAUCUGAUGCCCUGCAGCAUCCCCCAGGAUGUCUACAGUGCGGUGGCCCAGCAGGUGGAGGAGUUUCGGAAGAAGGAUGCUGAACAGGGGGUGAAGGUCGCCCAGGUGCUGCAAGGCUUCAUCAGCCGCAAGGUGGUGAAGCAGACGGUGAUGACGGUGGUGUACGGUGUCACGCGCUACGGCGGGCGGCUACAGAUGGAGAAGCGUCUCAAGGAGAUUGACGAGUUCCCUGAGGAAUACUUGUGGGAAGCGUCUCACUACCUCGUAAAGCAGGUGUUCAGUAGCAUCAAGGAGAUGUUCUCAGCAACUCGAGAUAUUCAGAACUGGCUGACGGAGAGUGCCAAGCUCAUUGCCCAGUCGGGGCGGACAGUGGAGUGGGUCACGCCGCUGGGUCUCCCCAUCGUGCAGCCCUACUAUCGGUCGAAGUCCACUGUGCUGAAUUGCAGCAUACAGAACUUGAGUGUGAAAAGCUCCAACAGUAACCAGAAGCCUGAUACAGUGAAGCAGAAGAACGCCUUCCCACCCAACUUCAUCCACUCUCUGGACUCCACACACAUGAUGCUCACGGCCCUGCACUGCCUCAGGCAGGGUUUGAGCUUCGUCUCAGUCCACGACUGCUACUGGACUCACGCGCUCACCGUGGAUGUCAUGAACCAGAUCUGUCGGCAGCAAUUUGUGGCUCUGCACAGCGAGAAGAUCCUGCAGGAUCUGUCUGAGUUCAUGCUGGAGAAGUACUGCAGCCCUGGCAGAGAGACUAGAGCCCUCUGGCAGAAGAAACUGAUGGAGCAGCUGUCGAAUGUCCCCAAGACAGGCGCAUUCAACCUGAAGAAGGUGAUGGAUUCCACUUACUUCUUCAGCUGAGCCCCAACAGCCAGUGGGGCCCUGGACUACCUCUGGACUGCGGGCUGGCUCAGGGGCUGCGGUAGGCACUGGCCUGCGAGGCUCCUCUGUCCCGCAUCUCAUGGGGAAAGUGGGUUCAGCUGCCAGCCCAGCAAAAGAUACCUGCCCAACACUGAGGUGCUGGGACAAACUGGGACUCCUCGAGGAGUGCAGGAGCAGCCACGAGGGGCUGGUGAGGGACAGGGUGUCUGUGCUAUUUGCUGUUACUACCUGCUUCCCAGGCAUGGGGCGAUGGCAUCAAGCCCUAGGGAGGGCUGCAUCUCUGGUGUGGGGGCAAAGGGGUGGUGGUAGAUGGGGCUGGCUCCCCUCGGUCCUCACCCUGGCACGAUGUGCCCGCCGCUGCUGCGAGCUCCAGAGCUCGCCUGGCUCGUGCUGGUCCUGGAGUGCCAUCCUGCUCCACCAGCGGGACGCGGACCUCCUUGAGUGUCAGGCCCUUGCCUGGAGGGGCAGGCAGCCGGCCGUGGCCCCAGCAGGAGCCUCCUGCCCUGCUCCGGCUGCAGGGUGGGUGCUGCUCUCCAUGCCCUGCUCCAGCGGCAGGGCUCUAUCGCUGCCCUCCCCUAGCACAGCCUCUGCAGCUCCUGACUCUCAUUUCCAGGGAUCGGUUUCAAUUCUGCUCACUGGGCCUCAGACAGGCAAAACCACUAACACAUUGGGUGGAGGUGUACGAUACUGUAAAUAAAGUGUUUUUUUGAAAUACUAGA